AUGUUUGCGCCUAUUUCUGUCACGUUUUUUCAACUACAACUGUGGUUAAUAAUUCAAAUAAAUGGUGCCGAUUUAUCAGAUGCGUAUACAGAAUACAAUUUCACACAUCCUUGUAAAAGAAAUUGUGUAGAGGAUGGCGCACUUUUACAAUGUUACUACAAAUUCGAAGUUUCUCAGUAUGGUACGAUGAGCAGAGCAUGCUUUAAUUGUCCUAAUAAUAUAACCGAUUGCUUUGAUCCUGAAUGCCUGCCUGCCGAUGGGCUUAAAAAGGCACUAGUUGUUGUUAACAAACAACUCCCAGGUCCUACGAUCGAGGUUUGUGAAGGAGAUCGAAUCAUCGUCGACGUCACAAAUAGAAUGUCAUCUGAAAGUACAAGUAUUCACUGGCAUGGAAUACGUCAACGAGAAACACUAUUUAUGGAUGGCCCUUACGUUACUCAGUGUCCAAUUUUACCGGGUCAAACUUUUCAAUAUGAUUUUUUUGCUGACAAAGCUGGGACAUAUUUUUGGCAUUCUGAUUCUUUUUAACAGAGAGCUGAUGGAAUGUUCGGAGCUCUAAUUAUUCGUGAACCAGUAACUAGCGAUUUGUAUGAUGUUGAUGAACACCUUAAGACAUUGAAUGAAUGGACCGAAAAAUCGGCUGCCGAAUCCUAUGCACUUGAAGUUUACAGCCUAUUUUCGCCAGGUCCAUAUAAUAUUCUUAUAAACGGUCUUGGCCCAUUUCCACCAUCAGCUACAAAUCUGCCUCGCUCGAUUUUCGAAGUAGAAAAGGGGAAAAGAUAUAGAUUUAGAAUUAUUGCUAGUGGAGCCCAGGAUUGUCCACUACUGAUUAAAUUUGACAAUCAUGAGAUACUAGCAUUCAGCUCUGAUGGAAAUGAUUUCGAAUCAGUAAAAGCGAAUACUCUUAGAAUAUUGUCUGGAGAACCUUAUGAUGUCGUCAUACAUGCCAACCAAAAUGUUGAUAAUUACUGGAUAUGGAUUAAAGGUCUAGAUGGCAAACAAUCGUCAACAUUUUGGGACAACUGUGCAAGUAAUCAGCUGCAUCAAGUUGCUGUAUUACGCUAUAAAGGAGCACCUGAAACCGAUCCUAGAUUUCCAGUAUCAUACGACAAUCCAUCACUCGAAAAAGGAAGACAAAUAAAUCCUUUUAACGCCGUGUUAAAAAUGAAUUUGGGUAUAGAAAGUUUCACGAGUUCAAUAGCUGAUGAUAUUGAUAUUAGUUAUGAGCCAGAUCAUCAAUUUUAUAUUGCAUACAAUUCUUAUAGAAAAAAUAAGGAAAAGUACUUGGCAAAUCAGUUGAGACGUAAUAUAUGUCAUAAUUGUGAGUACACGGGAUGAAAAAUAUCGAAUAAUAAUAUAGUAUGUAUUUACACUUUCCUACACAAACAUUUAUUUUCCAGUACCUGGUCGUACUGCUUUACGAAAUAUUGUAGAUGUCCUCACGUUCUACAGGCUAGACUGCACAGUGUAGUAGAAUUGGUUAUUGUCGAUGAAGGUUUUAUAAAUGUUAAUCAUCCCAUGCAUUUACACGGCUAUCACUUCCAUGUUGUUGGGAUGGGGAGACUGCAAGAGGGUGCAAGUGUAGAAAAAAUUAAGCAAUUAGAUAGAGAGGGUAAAAUUGAAAGAAACCUUAGGAAUCCAGCAUUGAAGGACACAAUUUCAGUGCCAUCUAAUGGAUACAGUAUUGUUCGAUUCUACGCCGAUAAUCCUGGAUUUUGGCUAGUUCACUGUCAUUAUGAAAGACACGCUCAUAUUGAAAUGGAACUUGUAAUCAAAGUUGGAGAAGCAGAGGAUUUUCCAGCUAUACCAAAGAAUUUCCCGAUGUGUUAAACUCAAAGGAAAUUAUUUCUAGUCAAUUUCAAUAAGCAAGAAUGAAUACGACU